UUUCCGCUAUAGACAGGAAGUGUUCUCUUUGUGUGUUUAGCUGAAGUUUGCGAAGGUUUUUGUCGAGGUGCCCUUUGCAUUGUGUUGUUCAACAUGUCGGAUACAUGGAGCAGCAUCCAGGCUCACAAAAAGCAGGUGGACUCUCUCCGAGAGAGGAUCCAGAGGAGGAGGAGAGACCCCGCGCAGCUGGGCGCCGUCGAGGUAGGAGGUGUUGAUGGGGCAACCACACGGAGUGACAGUCCUGGGCCAACUGUCCAAACCCCCGCACAGGUAGAGGUGGAGCGUCCACCGGACCCUGAAUUAGAGAGAAGACUGCUGGGAUACCUGUCCGAACUGAGUCUGUCACUACCCACUGAUUCUCUGGCCAUCACCAACCAGCUCAACUCUUCUGAAUCACCAGUAUCCCACACCUGUAUCCAGAGUCUUUUACUCAAGUUUUCUGCUCAAGAGUUGAUCGAAGUCCGGCAGCCAACCAUCACUACCUCGUCUUCCUCCUCUUCCUCAUCCACCUUGGUCAUCUCCGUAGAUCAUACAAAACUAUGGGCCAUGAUUGGCAGUUCCACCGCCCAACCUCAAAGGACUGGUGUCAAAAGGAAAGGCGAUGAUUCCAUUCACCAAAAAAGGGGCCCUGGCUCCUCCCCUCUGCUUCCCUCUCCAUCCUCACCACCCAAGACUUCGUCUAUUUCCCUGGCAUCGUCAUCUAAUUCACAGACAGGGACUUCUGAUUGGAAGAUGGGAGGUGCUGGAGCUGGGGCUGAGAAAAAAGGGCGAACCAAUAAGGGAAAGACGUCUCAUGUGGAUAUGGAGAUAGAAAGCCUGUUGAACCAGCAGUCAACCAAGGAGCAGCAGAGCAAAAAGGUAAGCAGAGAGAUCCUUGAGCUAUUGAACACUAGUUCAGCCAGGGAGCAGUCCAUUGUGGAGAAGUUCCGCUCACGAGGUCGAGCACAGGUACAGGAAUUCUGUGAUCAUGGGACUAAAGAAGAAUGUAUGCGGUAUGGAGACACCCCACAGCCCUGCAACAAGCUGCACUUCAGGCGAAUCAUCAACAAGCACACGGACGAGAGCUUGGGUGACUGCUCCUUCUUGAACACCUGUUUCCACAUGGACACCUGCAAAUACGUGCACUAUGAGAUCGACAGCCCACCUGAGGCUGAGAGCGGCACGUUGGGACCACAAGCAGGGGCCACCGAGCUGGGCCUGCAUUCUGGAGAUGCAGACAGCAAUGUUGGGAAACUGUUCCCAGCGCAGUGGAUCUGCUGUGAUAUCCGUUACCUGGAUGUGUCCAUCCUGGGGAAGUUUGCUGUGGUGAUGGCUGACCCUCCAUGGGACAUCCACAUGGAGCUUCCAUAUGGAACGUUGACCGAUGACGAGAUGAGAAAACUCAACAUCCCGAUUCUCCAGGAUGAUGGCUUCUUGUUUCUCUGGGUCACUGGCAGAGCUAUGGAGCUCGGCAGAGAGUGUCUGAGCCUCUGGGGAUAUGAACGUGUUGAUGAGAUAAUUUGGGUGAAGACCAACCAGCUCCAGCGGAUCAUUCGCACAGGAAGGACUGGACACUGGCUGAACCACGGCAAAGAGCACUGCUUGGUAGGGGUGAAAGGAAACCCUCAGGGAUUCAACAGAGGCCUGGACUGUGAUGUGAUCGUUGCAGAGGUCCGUUCUACAAGUCACAAACCAGAUGAGAUAUACGGCAUGAUUGAGCGUUUAUCUCCUGGCACUAGGAAGAUUGAACUCUUCGGGAGGCCACACAAUGUUCAGCCAAACUGGGUAACUUUGGGAAAUCAGUUGGAUGGAAUUCACUUAUUGGACCCUGAUGUAGUAGCUCGCUUCAAGAAACGCUAUCCAGAUGGAGUGAUCUCCAAACCCAAAAACAUGUGAAGAAACUCAGACUGACACAUGUGGAGUCCUCUCAGAAACUUGCAGAUUACAGGUUUACACACUGGAUAUGUCCAGCCUGUGAAUAUUUUUGUAUUGUCAUGUGUUUUUAAUAAAACACAGCAGAGUGAAA